AUGAUAAAGAUAGUUGCAGUGGCAGUUCUGGGCCUGCUGGGGGCACUGUGUCCAUGCUUAAAGGCACAAACAAGCACUCCUUUGGAUAUUAUACGACAAGCAGCAGCUAACUUUACUGGGACUCUGCCCUGUGGAGGAUGGGACUGUGCGUGUACAUUCAAGAAGCCAGGAGGCUGCUGCUGUGUGACUGCACCUCUGUUCCAACUGGAGGAGUCGACCUUCACGCAAAUGGUGGGCCUGUGGAAGGACUUGCAGGAUCUCAAUAACCAGAUCGAGGAAGUUACCGGUGGACGUAAUAUAUCGUUUGCAGCUACAAUAACACCUAUGACUGGAUGUUUUGGACCUUUCAACAGGAAUGUGUCCAUCUCUUACAACAAUGUUUCACUUAACCUAGGCUAUGGGUAUAAUCCUUCAAUGGGAACGUUCACGGCCCCACGUGCAGGCCUUUACUCCUUCUCCUACACGGUUUACUCAAAUUUGGGAGCAGAUGGAGAGCGCCUCUACCACAAGGUACAGCUGAUGAAAGAUGGCCAGGUGAUAGCCUCCUCCUGGGAAGACAACCGUGAGGACGCAGAGGACAGCGCCACACAAGUAGUGCUCCUUCCUCUGAAAAAGGGGAACCAAGUUUACAUUGAGCUAGUGCUUGGAAGGUUUGUGUGUGGAGAUACGCAGAGCUACAACUCCUUCAGUGGAUAUCUGGUCUAUCCUGUCUCUGACAUCUAACAGACAAUGUAAUAGGAUACAAUGUUGUAACCAGUAAUGAUCACACUUUUAGAAUAUUAUGUUGAUUCUGUAUAUGUAGAGAGCACUCAGUGUAACCUACAGGUGACCAAGACUCAGUAAACCAAU